AUGCAGUCCUCUUGGCUUUAUAUCUGCUGCUGCUUUCUACAGAUGCCAACUCUCCUCAGCACCAUUGAAAUUCCUUCUUGCAUACCCAAAACAAAAACCCUAUUAUACCAUGAUGGGUCCAUGGUCAUUAGUGCAUUUUUUCCUAUUUUUUAUUUUUACCCUCAAAGUGAAACAGAGUGGAAAACAUCUUUUGACACAGGCAAUAUGUUUUCGAUGGAUGAAAGAAACUACCAGCUAGUUUUGGCCAUGCUAUUUGCAAUCCAUGAGAUCAACUGGAACUCAUAUAUUUUACCAAACACUUCUCUUGGACUUGAGAUUUAUAAUCUGCUACAUUUUGAAAGGAAUAUUCUGAGGAAUGUAUUCCAUUGGCUCACAGGUUUGAGCAUGUCCAUCCCUAAUUACAACUGUAGAAAGGAGAGAGAUUCAGCUGCUGUACUUACAGGAAUUUCACGGAAAACAUCUGAACUCAUUGCAACAGUGUUGGAUCUUUACAAAUUUCCUCAGAUUACUUUUGGGCCCUUUGAUCAUGUUCUUACUGACAGAAACCAGUUUCCAUCUCUGUACCAGGUGGCCCCCAAUGACAUAUCUGUGUUUUAUGGCAUUGCCUCUUUGAUGCUCCAUUUCAACUGGACUUGGGUGGGACUGUUCACCACAGAUGACCAUGGAGGUGCUCAGUUUCUGUCAGACUUGAAAAAGGAGCUAGAUGAGAAUAGAAUCUGCAUAGCAUUUGUGGAAACAGUAUCAUUUGUGGGAGAAUCAGUAUAUAAUAUUCUGAAUGAUAAUCAGGAGCUCAAUCUGCAGUCAUCAGCAAAUGUGAUCAUAAUUUAUGGAGAAAUUGCUUUUAUAUUAACUGUAAUAGAAAGUAGACAUAGAAAACAUAUACUGAAAAAAGUUUGGGUCAUGAACUCAAAAUGGAGUGGCCAAAAAUUUGAAGUAUAUGAAAUGUUAGAUUUAUCUCAUGGAACUCUCACUUUUUCACCCCAUCAUGAGGAGAUUUUUGGUUUCACAAAUUUUAUACAGCAAGCCACCCCUAUCAAGUACCCAGAGGACAUAUGUCUUCAUAUCUUGUGGAAGAGAUAUUUCAAUUGCUCACUUUUGCAUUCUAAUUGUAAAAUAUUUGAUAACUGUCUACCCAAUGCCUCUUUGGAAUUGUUGCCAGGGAAUAUUUUUGAAAUGGGCAUGACAGAAGAGAGUUACAAUGUGUACAAUGCUGUGUAUGCAGUGGCCCACAGCCUUCAUGAUAUGAUUCUCAAUCAAGUACAGUUUCACCCACAGUCAAAAAAGGAUAGGAUUAUGUUACUUCCCUGGCAGCUUCACCCUUUUCUGAAGAAUAUUCAAGUGAAAAAUUCUGUUGAUGACCAUGUGGUUCUGGACUGGAAAAGAAAGACAGAUCCAGAGUAUGAUAUUAACAACCUUUGGAAUUUCCCAACAGGUCUUUCACUAUUUGUGAAAGUGGGUACAUUUUCUCCAAGAGCUCCCAAAAGGCAGCAAUUAUCAAUAUCUGAAUUUAUGAUUGAAUGGCCUAUUGCAUUUACAGAGAUCCCUCAAUCUGUAUGCAGUGAGAGCUGCACUCCGGGAUUCAGGAAAGUCAUUCUGGAGAGCAAGCCUGCCUGUUGCUUUGACUGCACCCCUUGCCCAGAGAAUGAGAUUUCCAAUGAGACAGGUAUGGACCAGUGUUUCAAAUGUCCAGAAACUCAUUAUACAAGUGCAGAAAAGAAGCACUGCCUCAAGAAAACUGUGACCUUUCUAGCCUAUGAUGAUCCCUUGGGUAAGGGACUGACAUUCGUGUCUCUGGGAUUCUCAGCACUCACAAUUUUUGUCAUUGGAACCUUUGUAAAUCACAGAGACACUCCAAUUGUCAAGGCCAAUAAUAGAACUCUCAGUUACAUCUUGCUUGUCACUCUCACCCUCUGUUUCCUCUGCCCCUUGCUCUUCAUUGGCCUUCCAAACACAGCAACUUGUAUCCUGCAGCAGAACGUGUUUGGAAUUCUGUUCACAGUGGCCCUAUCUACUGUGUUGGCCAAAACCACCACUGUAGUUAUAGCCUUCAAGAUUACUGCUCCAGGAAGAAAGGAAAGAUGGUUGCUGAUAUCACAGGCCCCUAAUUUCAUCAUUCCAGUUUGUACCCUGAUACAAGUACUUCUUUCUGGUAUAUGGCUGGGAACAUCUCCUCCAUUUGUUGACAUGGAUGCUCAUUCUGAACAUGGGUACAUCAUCAUUCUAUGCAACAAGGGAUCAACUUUUGCCUUCUAUUGCACUCUGGCCUACCUGGGAGUCAUGGCCUUUGGUAGUUACCUCAUGGCUUUCUUGUCCAGGAAUCUACCUGACACAUUCAAUGAAGCCAAGUUCCUGUCUUUCAGCAUGCUGGUGUUCUGCUGUGUCUGGGUCACAUUCCUCCCUGUCUAUCACAGCACCACAGGGAAGUUCAUGGUGGCUAUGGAAGUUUUCUCUAUUCUGGCCUCUAGUGCUAGCAUUUUAAGCCUGAUCUUUGCCCCCAAGUGCUACAUCAUUUUGUUCAGGCCAGAAAGAAAUACAUUUCAUUUUAUCAGGGAUAAAAGACAAAACAGAUGCAAAAAUUUAAUUAAAACAUAG